AUGCCCACGGGCCUGCAACCAGCGAUGCUGAAGACCACCGGAACCCGGCUGGCAGCCGCAGGAGCAUACGAUCUGGUCUUGCAGGACUAUGUCAGGAAAAACGCGGCCAUUUUAGACUCUACCGUCUUCCGGGGGACGCUGUAUGAGCUCACAGUAAUGCGCGAGCUCCACGCGCGGCUCGGCGUGAGCCGCCUCCGCCAGCGCGGCGCCGCCUACGACGGCGGUAUCGACAUCACAGGGAAGUGGGACCUGGCAGAUGUGCCAGGCGUCGCGCCCGACCCGCACGAGGCAGCGAUCCCGCGCUCUGUGCGCUGCGGAGCCUCUCGCCUCAAGCCGCUGCGGCGCAAGAUUCUGGACGGCACGGCGCGGCCCCUGGACGUGCUCGUACAGUGCAAGGCGCUGACCACGGCGCGGGUGGGCGGCCGCCUGUUCCGCGAGCUGUUCGGCGCGUUCGGCGCGUUCGGCGCGCGCUCGAAAGUCCACCGCAACAACACCGUGCUUAUGCUGAGCUCGCCGAACCUGCUGACGCGCAAUGGCAUUGCCGUAAUGAACCAGCUCGAGCUGCCGAUCAUUUACCUACGCAUCGGCCUGCCGCGCAUUGCCGCAGACGGAUCGCUGCGAGACGGCUACCUGGAACACUACUACGAGAACGCGUACGCCGCCGCCCUUCUGGACGGCUGCCGUGUGCAGCGCCUGAUAGGACUCCACGCGCUGCCGCUGUAG